AUGGAGGACGGUGUCGAAUCAUCCAGUUCUUCCGCCCUCCUGAAACACGCACGUGAAAAGUCACUUGAUCGAUCACUUUUUCCGGAACAUUUUAAAUCUCCGGAUUUAUUACAAAAAGUUGAACCCAAAACUACUACUCUUACUGACGAAAACCGGCAUAGGUUACGAAAAAUUGAUGAUUACGAUCCAAUAGCGCUAGAAAAAGAACGAGAAACUGAUCGGACAUCUUCAAAUUUAAUUGAGAAAAAAGAUGAUCGAUUAGGUUAUAUGGUAGCUCAGUAUGGUAAUGGUACAGUUGCUAGUGCUGGUGUCGCACCAGGACAAACAGUCAGUAGUCGAACUUUUACAGAUGACGGACGGGGCAUCGUGACGUCCACUUAUACGGCCGAAACACGUUAUAGCAACAUAUCACCGGCUAGAACGUAUGAGUAUGCAAAGGGGACAAUGACGAAUUUGCCUUAUGAUGAGCGGACUGCUACACCAACAGUAUAUACAGAAGUCAGGGCUUUUGAAAUUCCGAAAUCCAAAGAAUUGGCUUCAACGGUACAAUCUGACUCCAGUGAUCUACAUUCACAUAGUUAUCCAUCGUUUCUGGAUCCUUCUCGAUCAUCUCCAUCAGGAAUUAUAAGUUAUGAUACUAAAGAUAGGGUCAAAUCAUUCGACCAGUUGGAAAGUAGAAGUAGCUUUAUAACAGAUAGCCGACGUUAUGAUACUAAAUCUUCAAGUGAAUAUCAUGAUUUGGAUUCAAGCAGCUACAGUGUUCGACGAUACGGUACAGGAAAUGUCGGAGCAGCAGACCAAAAGCAAGUGCAAUUAAAAUAUUUCGGCGAAGAAUCGAUGAAAUUAAAUGGAACUAGAACGUCAAGAAAUGAUAUUGACAUGGUAAAAACAACUUACGAGCCUUAUCGUUCUUCGACGAACCUAAUACCAUCUGGUGGAUACCUUAAAAAUAAGCUUGGUUCGGACAAACUUUGUUCCAAUGGAUAUUUGAAAGAAAAUGAGUCAUCGGAAACUGCUAAAGGACCAAGUUUUGAAGCUCCAGUAAUAGCAUCUUAUGGUAGAGCCAAAUCAGCUGAUAUAGCUGACAGACAACAAAAAGCUUCACAAAAAAUUGCUGUCCUACCGACAACAGUCUUGGAACGAUCCGAGGAAAUGGAACGAUUGCCGAAAAGCUGGGAAUCAGUUGAAAAGGUAGAUGCAGAUACUUCGUGUUAUCGGAAAAAGUCACCAGUCAAAAGUGGGAAAGUGGAAGUGCGAGGGAGUCAUCAGUAUUCAGGUAUCGGUGAACAAGGUUAUCGUAGCGUGAAUAUUGCAAGGGAUGACGAACGAUGUUGUGAUUCAUCACGAUCCAUGGAAGAACCGUUUCAGACCUUGAGGAGAGAUCGCGACAUGGAACCAACGUUUUUGUCGACAGCACCACAACGGACAGCCGAUUAUAUGCGAGCAAGAGAGGAAGGAAAAUUUGGUGCAUUCCAGGAGAUGGAUUCAGUUCUCUCUUCACAACGACCGCUAAAGUUCGAAUAUGGCGAACGAGAAGGUCAUAUAACAGAUAUAGUGGAGGAAGCAACAUUGACGCCACGGACACGACGAAAACUUCAGGAACAAAAAAUCCGACACGAGGAAGAACUCGAUGAAAAGCGCGAUGAAGCACAUAAAGCAAUAAAAGACGACUUACAAUCAAUGCAGGCACUAAAUCGUGACGAAUUUGAGUUACCUCAAUCGAAACCCUCAAGUCCUUCACCCGUAUCUACACCUCGAGCAACUCCCAGGCUUAAUCUGAAAUUCGGAAAGGGUAAAGAAAGAAAAACGGUUGAAGAAGGUGGUUUCAAUUUUGGUAAAUCCAAAAUAACAUCUAAACAUGAAAUAGUGCGACGUGGGAAAGAUGUUGAGGUGAAAGUUGAUUCGCUGAAACUUGGCAAAGACGAUCAGUUAAAAGUUGUCGUAGUAUUAGCAGCAAAAGGAGCAAUAGAACGUGAAGAAAUUGAACCGAAAGUGAAGAAAUCUCGUCAUUCCUAUGAGAUAUCAUUUCGGCCAGCAGAAGUUGGAACACACAAGGUAAUGGUUUAUGUAAACGAUACCUUGCACCCAAUGUGUCCUUUUCCAAUCCGUGUCUACGAUGCAUCAGAAAUUAUUGUUGGCGAAAUUGCGCCUCAGAGCACUAUCAAUGACACUGUUGAAUUCACCGUUGACGCUGGCCGAGCAGGAUUUGGAAAUCUUGAAAUGGCAAUUAAGGAUAGCGAUGGUAUCAUCAUACCAUCUCAUGUAGCACAACUGGAAACGGGAACUGCCAAAUUCUUGGUGACAUUCAAUCCGACCACUAUAGGAAUGCACACUGUCAACAUUACAUUCAAUAAGGAAGUCCUCAAAAAUAGUCCAUUCGAAGUAAAUAUUGUAGACGAAAGGCCAAACGAAGAGGUGGAGAAUGUGUAUGUUUUACUUUCCAUACUUUUGAAUUUAAUACAAAAAAUGUUCGUAAAACAGACUGAUGAAAUCUUUAAGGAGAGAGGAAAGGAAACGAAGAAGAAGAAGCAUCAAAUGGAGAAGAGAACAAGUGUUUCCAAAAUCCCAUCUUUAAGUCGGGUUGGACGACCAGCACAGAUCCUUAUUACGCUGGCUGGCGAGGAACCACUUGACAUCACUGUAAUAGAUCCUGAAAAAAGAGAAGUUGAAAAUUCCAUGUCCGAUCAUGAACCUGGCGUUAAGAAAGUUGAAUUUAUACCUGUGCAAGUGGGUGACCACGAAAUCGAAGUGAAAUAUGCAGGAGCCGAUGUUCAAGGCAGCCCUUUUACUUGUCGAGCAUAUGAUCCAGCGAAAAUCAGUGUCGGUGAUAUUCCUAACAGCGUGGUCGACAGACCAGUCCAUUUCAUUGUGGAUGCAAGUCAAGCAGGUGUCGGCAAUCUGGAAGUAGCAGUAAACGAAGGGCGCAUUCCAUCGAUGGCGCAGUCACUUGGACAACAUCGUUAUGAUAUAUCCUUUGUACCUAGAGAACUUGCCGAUCACACCAUAUCUGUUCGUUUCAAUAAUGAACCCGUGCCAGGAAGUCCAUUCGUUUGUCACCUGGUAAAGGCGCAGUCGGUAACAGUUUCGGGUCCUGGAUUGGAAAGAGUUCCGGUUGGACAGGUAGCACAGAUCUAUGUAGUUGUAGAAGGUAUGAAAGAUGUGUUACCACAAAUACGCAUUACCGAUUCGCAGGGUAAUAACAUUCCGGUGAGCAUAUCAAAAGGUGAUGCAGAGGACAAGAAAUACAUCAUCUCUUACACACCAAAGAACGUCGGGAAUCAUCAAGUUGAUGUAAGCUGUGACGGUAAACCGGUUGCUGGAUCUCCGUUCACUUCCAAAGCAUUUGAUGCAAAAUGUGCCAAACUUUCAUGCAUAGAAGAAGCGGUUGUUGGACGUCCUUGUACAUUUAUGAUUGAUGCUGCUCGAGCUGGGGCUGGAAAUAUGGAAAUUAUAGUCAGUGUUGAGAAUCGAAAUGUGCCAAAUUUCGUGCAGGCAGAAGGACAAGCGAAAUUCAAAGUUUCAUUUACACCACAGGAAGCUAAAGAUCACCUUAUAAGUGUUCGAUUCAAUGGAGACCCAGUUCCAGGUUCACCAAUGGUCUGUCCAGUGCGAGAAAGAUCAUCACAGUUGAUUGCGGGUAUGUCAUCAUCGGUGAACACUCUAGGAUCAGAACAAGAGAUUCGUCUAGUUGGCGAUCUGACUAUAGGACAGGUUGGUCAAACGAAAGGCUUUAGCAUCGAUACAGGCGGGCGUGAAAUUGAUUGCAAUGUUGCCAUCACUGAUUCGCAUGGUCGUGAACUGGAUGUUGAAGUAGAAAAAGUUUGCAAUGGAUAUCAUGUUCAAUUCCGGCCUCUAACAUCAGGUGAACAUGAAAUUGAAAUCGUUGUGAACGGCCAGCAGCUCGGUAUCGGACCAUUUGUGAUGGAAGUUUCGGAACCACCGAAAAUUGCCCGUAUCCCGUCGACCAUUCUUGCUGGCAAAGAGAUUAUCUUUGAGUUGAACACAGGUGACGUUGUGCAGGGGAAUGUGAAAGUAGAAGUUAAGAAUGCCAGAAAUGGAUUAGUGCCAGCGAAAACAGAAGUUGGAAGUGAUAGGAUUGUUCGAGCCUUUUGCACAUUUCAUGAAACAGGUCGUUAUUCUGUGGAUGUUUUUGUUAACGAGAUGCCUUACGGUGAACGGCAGUAUGUCCGAGUUAUUCAAAGUGGUCGCGGUGCUGUACUCGUAGAUGAUAUUGAACAAGCAUUGGUUGGUUGGUCAUCUAAACUAAUUCUACGAACCGAACCUGAUGCCGGAAAACACUUAUCGGUUGUCAUCAUUGAUCCAGAACGAAAUCCAGUCCCUGUAUCGCUGAAGAAACUUCCCGAUGAAAUAUUCGAAGUGGAAUUCACACCACGAACAGAAGGAGUUCAUAGUAUAUCAGUGCUGGUAGGCGACGAGCAUAUCCGAGGAAGUCCUUUCAAAAUUACGGUACUGGAUUUGAGCGCUGUGCGAGUAAUCGGUCUGAAAAAUGAUCGUGUUGGCAUCGAACAACGUUUCAAUGUGGAUUGGUCAAAUUCGGGUGGUGUGAAUGCAACAGUGAGAGUAACAUGUGGAGGUAAGGAGGUACCAUGCACGAUGAAACGUAUCAAAAGAGGCCUUCACGUGUGUUCGUUUAUACCGCGACAGGUUGGACUUCAUCUGAUAGAUGUGAUGAUCGAUGAAAUGCUUCUACCGGAAUGUCCAUACGAAUGCAUCGUAAGCGAUGCAGGAUCAGUGAGAGCACGUGGUGAUGCAUUGACACGUGCACAACGUGGCAAAACAGCUCGUUUUGAAGUUUCAUUGAAUGACACAGAACAUGGUGAAUUGGAUGUAGUAGUGUCAGAUUUACGAGGUAGACCAUUACCAGUUCGGUGUUAUAAACAACAUGAUGAUAGUUAUUGGGUCGAAUUUACACCUGAAAACAUCGGUCUUCAUCAAAUUGAAAUAACAUUCGCUGAUGCACCAAUAGCUGGUAGUCCAUUUAAGUGCAUAGUGAUCGAUCCAAGGAAAGUCUUUAUCAAAGGUAUCAAUGAUCCAUUCAUUAUCAAACAACCUGCGCUUAUUACCGUGAACCGUCAACUGGCAGGUGGCGGUGACUUGACUGUGGAAUUGACUGACCCAUCUAAUGAACCGGUGCGAGUAGAUAUGCAAACAACCGCUGAUGGUGAUGAUGUUUUCGAAUUUACCCCAACCAAAAUUGGCCAGUAUAAAUUGUUCGCAAAAUUGGCUGGUUUUCUUGUUAAUGGUACACCGCAUACAUUGAUUGUUGAAGAGCAUGGCAAACCUAUUUUGCGUGGAUCCGCAACGGAACAUCCUGUGGAGGUGGAUCGUCCAACGAGCAUCAUUUUCGAUGCCAAAAAUGUAAAAGGAAAUUUGAAAAUCGACGUACGAGGACCGACGAAAGCGAAAAUUCGGCAUACAGUAAACAAAAAUCCAGAUGGAACAACGGAAAUUUCGUUUACACCAACGGAAGUGGGCCGUUAUUUAGUAAAUAUUGAGCAUAACAAUCGAACUGUUUCUGGAAGUCCAUUCGAGAUCGAAGUUGUUGAUCCACGGAAAGUGGUUGUGAAUGAUCACUUGGCUGAUGAAAAUGGGGUAUAUCAAUUCGCAAUACAGCAGAGAAACAUCAUCGACGUUGAUGCCACAGCCGCCGGAUCUGGCAAACUUCGAGCGGAAGUUCGUGAUUGCGACGGCAAAUCAAUGAGUGGUUGUGAUGUUGAGUCACUUGGCUAUGGCAAAUAUCGUGUAAUAUAUUAUCCGCAUCAACCUGGAAAAUACGGCAUCUAUCUUUACUGGUCUGAUAUAGCGGUCCAAAAAGCACAGCCACUACACGUAAUUGCUGAAGGCGAACAGCCCUCGACCUCACGUGCCGUACCGCUUGCAAAUACUGUCGCAACAACGUCACACAGCACCCUAAGAUCUCGACCUGAUGAUCGUUCACAUUACGAGGGGAGUGGAACAGACUACCUGAGAGUAGUACUACGAGGUGAGGGUGUAACACGGGCUACUAAUAAUGAACAAGCAGAAUUUAUCAUCGAUGGCUCCGAUGUCUCUAAAGAUGGACAGGUAUCAUGUUCUUUGUUUGGACAAAAAGCAGAUAUUCCGGUGCGCUUAACUCAUCUGGGAAACAACGUUUACAAAGCUAUCUACACACCGCUGAUACCUGGCAUCUAUGAGUUACAGAUAACGUGGGACGGGCACCAUGUUCGAGGUUCACCUUUCCGAGUGCAAGUUGAUCUGCAUUCAAGUGCUGCGGAGGCCAUCAUUAUCGAUGCGAAUACGUUAAAGAUGGGGAUCGUAAAUGAGGAUGUGAAAACUAUUAUUGAUACUAGGAAAGCGGGACCAGGCCAGCUAUCAGCACAAUGUAUGGGACCAACGAAACUUGCAUACUGUGAACUUUACGAUCUUCGCGAUGGUACAUAUACUCUUUCAGUUAGACCUUCUGAAAUUGGGAAACAUACACUGGUUGUGAAAUAUUCGGAUGAGCAGGUGCCAGGAAGUCCGUUCAUUUUCAAUGUUUCCUAUCCGCCAGAUGCAUCCAAAGUUCGUGUAUAUGGACCUGGAAUUGAGCAUGGAAUUCUGUCCACAUUUAAAUCAAAUUUCAUUGUUGAAACGAAAGGCGCUGGAGCAGGACAGCUCACAGUACGUGUUCGAGGACCAAAAGGAGCAUUCAACGUAGAAAUGCAAAGAGAAAAGAAGCAGGAAAGAACAAUUCAUUGUAAAUAUGAACCAAAGGAACCGGGAGAUUACCAGGUGGAAGUUAAAUGGCAUGGUGAACAUGUCCCGGGAUCGCCGUUUCUGGUAAUGAUUGUGGAUACCGAACAGGAAUUACAACGAUUCCUAUGUGGUGAUGCACCGUCACCACAGCCAGCAACUCCGUUCAUACCACCUGGCUGGAUUGGCACUCCACCACCACCACCGUUGUUUCUUGGUGGACCACCACCGCGUGGUCCGUUUCUUCAGCCUCAUGCCACUGCACUGCCUUUGCCAUCACCAACUAUUCAGGGGGCUCCAUUGACGGGAGCGCAUGGGUCCUUGCUGCCGUAUGGAGCGAUGCCACAACCACCGCAUGUAAUGCGUACCGCAAUACGACCUAGGUUUAUGAGUGGUUACUGA